CGGGCAGGCCGGAAGCGGGGAAGUAGGUCGCCGGGUCGGGGAGUGCCCGUAUGUAGGCAGCCCUGGCUGGGCAGGAGGGAGGUGCCGGUGGCCCGGAUGUUCCUCUCGUUCCAGCGGCGGCCGAGGCUCGGUCGGGACCGGCGGAGAGAAGCGGAUGGAUCCAAGAUGGCUGCUCUGAGGCGGCGGCGGCGGAGGAGAGACAAAAAAUUGGUGGCGCUAUUCGGAGAACAGGCUACUUUGGGAGCGUUUAUUGAACAUCCAGCUUUAGACGAGAAGCAGUCCUGAGAAGCAGUCUGUGAAACCACUUGCCAAGACUUUUUUUUUUUUUUGCUCUCUUUUUGGGUUUUAAAUUUAAAAAAGUAAAGCGAAGUGGGCUGGAGACGUCGCCGGUUCGCCUCUGACCCUCCGUCCCCGACUGACUGUGCAAGGUUGGAUUUAAACGUGGCCAAAAGGGACACUCGGGAAAAGAAGACAACCUGAGGAGCCGCUCCGCCGCCGCCCCCCCUCUUGGUCCCCGUGGAAACGGGGCGGCCCCGCCCCCCACGAUGGCCGCCGUGAAGCGGAGCCGUGAGCAGGCCUGGCCGGAGGAGGAGGGCGACCGGGAGCACGGCCUCUACAGCCUGCACCGCAUGUUCGACAUCGUGGGCACCCACCUGACCCACCGGGACGUCCGGGUCCUCUCCUUCCUCUUCGUGGACGUCAUCGACGACUAUGAGCGGGGCAUGAUCCGCAGCGGCCGGGACUUCCUGCUGGCCCUGGAGAGGCAAGGCCGCUGCGACGAGAGCAACUUCCGGCAGGUGCUGCAGCUGCUGAGGAUCAUCACCCGCCACGACCUGCUGCCCUACGUCACCCUGAAGAGGAGGCGGGCGGUCUGUCCAGAUCUGGUGGACAAGUACCUAGAAGAAACGUCCAUCCGCUAUGUGACACCGCGGGCCCGCAGCAACGCAGAACACGUCCCCCCUCACCAACACAAAUCAGUGCCUCCUCACCACCCGCUGGUCUGCUGCUCCUCUGCGGGCCCCCAGAUCUGCACCAAGAGGUCCGGCCGGGGAAGAGCCCUCCUUGGGAGCCAGCGGAAAAGGAGGAAGUCGGUGACCCCAGACCCGAAAGACAAACAGACCUGCGACAUCCGGCUCCGCGUCCGAGCAGAGUACUGCCAGCACGAGACGGCCUUGGAGGGCAACGUCUUCUCCAACAAGCAGGACCCCCUGGAGCGGCAGUUUGAGCGCUUCAGCCAGGCCAACACCAUCCUGAAAUCCCGCGACCUGGGCUCCAUCAUCUGUGACAUCAAGUUCUCGGAGCUGACGUACCUGGACGCCUUCUGGCGCGACUACAUCAACGGCUCUUUGCUGGAGGCCCUGAAGGGGGUCUUCAUCACGGACUCGCUCAAGCAGGCGGUCGGCCACGAGGCCAUCAAGCUGCUGGUCAACGUGGACGAGGAGGAUUACGAGGUGGGCCGGCAGAAACUGCUGAGGAACUUGAUGCUCCAGACGGCGCCUUGAGCCUCCCCGUCGCUGUCCCCUCCGCUGGCACUUCUUUGGGAUGGAAUUUUUUUUCAAUUUUUUUUUUCCUUUAAAAAAAGAAAAAAAAAGGAAAAAAGAUCUCUUAAAGGAAAGAAGUUCUGCGUUCCUGCCAUGGACUGAAUAACUGUAAGGCCUGUUUCAAUGUGAGGUUGAUUGCUGCGGUUGAUGUGUCUUUUCCCCGCCCCAGUUGGGAACCAAAAUGAGAGGCAGGGGAGCUCUGAUCAGCCUGCCUGAUCCGGGGCCCUGACCAGCCCCUUCCCCUGCGGGCCGGGCAAGCAUCUCCAGCCGUUUGCAGAUGCUCUGCAGGCCUGUCACCCGUCCUUCUGUCCUCCCUCUCGCCCCGUCUCCUUCUCCCUUUCCCCCCUUUUGUACUGUCUUGUCUCCCCGAACC